AUGUCAUCGUUAAAGUCCAAGCUACCUCUGCUCCUGUAUGGGAUUCUCUUGUGCAGCUCCUUUGCCCCUCUCCCAGUCAUCAGCAGCCAGAGACGAACCAUAAGAAGUGCCAGUUCAUUGGUACGGGCCAGCAGCAGCUCCUGGGACAGGAGAGAGGUGACAGCUAGAGAUGGAGAAUACCUGCUGGGGAUAAAGAGACUCAGGAGGCUCUACUGUAAUGUGGGCAUCGGCUUCCACAUCCAGGUCUUACCAAAUGGGAAGAUCACAGGUGUGCAUAAUGAAAACAGAUACAGCCUUCUAGAAAUUUCCCCAGUAGAGAGAGGAGUGGUGACUCUGUUCGGGGUGAAAAGCGGUCUCUUCAUCGCCAUGAGUGACAGUGGGAAACUCUAUGGCUCGGGCCACUACAAUGAUGAUUGUAAGUUUAAGGAGAACCUGCUGGCCAACAACUAUAAUGCGUAUGAGUCAGCUGCACACCCUGGCAUGUAUAUUGGCCUUAGCAAGACCGGUAAAACCAAGAGGGGCAACCGGGUCACACCCACCAUGACCAUGACACACUUCCUUCCCAGAAUAUGA